GUUACAGGGUAGGUGGGGUGGCCUAUAGGCGCGCUCUAGCUCUAGCUCUAGCUCAAGAUAGGCCUAGUGCCUAGACGCCAUUAUGCAAAAAGAGGCCUGUGAGGGUAAGUGCCCUUAUGGCUGUUCCUUGUGUGAUAAAAAUAAACUGAAUGAAAGAGCCAGGCACCGCACCGUGUCUGCAGAAAUGUAUGUGUGGGCUGGUACUCAGUCUGACUUCCCUGCAGUACAUAAUAGUGAAGAGAAGAGAAGGAUCACUAGUAAUAUACAACACUUUACUCCUUCAACUGGUCAAUGGAUCACUAGAGGUACUACUGGUACUCCUCCAUUAGGAAUCAUUGCCUACUGCUGUACUGCAAUAGAUGAUCUAUUGUAUUAUUUCGGGGGCUAUUGUGGCCAUCACAGUUGCUAUCACAACAGUAUUUCACAACUGGAUACUGCUAGUCUUCAAUGGAGAGAAUUAGAACCAACUGAUGCAACUAGACCAGUUAUGAGGAGAGCUUAUGGUGGGAUGAUAUCAUUUGAACGUAAUGGAGUACACUAUCUACUAAUGAUAGGUGGACUAGGAUCUAAACCAGCUGCACAACCGGCUCAUUAUAAAUACAUUGAAUCAGCUAAUAAAGGGGAAUGGUUUACUAAUGAACACUCUAUCUAUAAUAUAUCAUCAAGAGAAUGGAGUAUUCCUUUAAUUAUUGGUCAUUGUAUACCACCUGGUGAAAGCUUCAUCAUUGAAAAGAUCAACAACACUAGAGCUGUUUUGUUUGGUGGAAUAGAGGCUGAUAAUGUUAAGGCUACUGUUACUAACAAUAUUUAUAUAUUAGAGAUAUCAAUCAGCACUGUAUUCUGGCAGUGUGUAAAGAAACCUGAAGCAAUAGACCGAUGGCCUGUGGGUAGAUACCUUCAUGCAGGUGCUAUUAUUAUGGCUGAAUCAGACUGUCCUAGGCUAAUGAUAAGUGGUGGAAGGGAUAAGAAUUAUGAUACUUUAGAUGAUUGUUGGAUCUUAAACAUCACUCAACAUUCCUGGAUAAAGUUAGAUGUACCUCACUCUGUUAGUAAGAGAAAUGGUCAUUCUCUCUCAGUGUUAAUUAUGAGUCCUCAUUGUGUUUGGAUAACAACUGUUGGAGGAGUUGAUGAUAAAUGUUGCACACUAGUCACUAAUCCUGACAUUGCUAUGCUAACUAAACUAGUUCUCAACAGUAAAGGAGAGUGGACAGUAGGUGAUACAUUAGAUACCAAUGGUAUGAAUAAUGAAGAAUACCGUAAAAAGAAGUAUCUGCAGGAACUAGAGGCAGGAAGAAACCCAAGAGAGGAUAUAGCCAUUAUGCAAACCAUAGAAGCUUUUAUGAAGAGUCUUGAAGAGAAGGAGAGUGAAAUUCAAUUUUAUCAUCAACAAUUUGAGCAGAAGGAAAGAAAAAAAUCAGAGAAAGAGCAAGAAAUAAGAAGAUAUUGUUAUCAGCUACAAGAGAAGAAUAGGAAACAUCAGGUGUUACUCCAAAAGAAGGAUAGGGAGAUACAGGUGAAACACAGGGAGCUACAGGGGAAGGAUAGGGAGAUACAGGAGAAACACAGGGAGCUAAAUGAGAAGGAUAGGGAGAUACAGGAGAAACACAGGGAGCUACAGGGGAAGGAUAGGGAGCUACAGGUAAAGGUUAGAGAGUUACAGGAGAAAGACAGGGAGCUACUAAGGGUCAGGCUCCGCCUGACUAGGGAGCUACAGGAGAAAGACAGGGAGCUACAGGAGAAAGACAGGGAGCUACAGGAGAAGGACAGGGAGUUACAGGAGAAGGAUAGAGAGUUACAGGAGAAGGAUGAGAAGCUACAUGAGAAGCUACAUGAGAAGGAUAGGGAGCUGCAGGAGAAACACAGGGAGCUACAGGGGAAGGAUAGGGAGCUACAGGUAAAGGUUAGAGAGUUACAGGAGAAAGACAGAGAGCUACAGGAGAAGGAUAGGGAGCUACAGGAGAAGGAUAGGGAGUUACGCCAGUCUCAGGAUCACUGGGUUGUUAAUAAAGAUGAGGUGACUUUGACAAAGGAGGAGUUAGGAAGAGGAUCUUAUGCUGUGGUUACAGUUGGUAACUUUAGAGGUUUAAGAGUAGCUGUCAAGUCACUUCAUAAUAUGAUCAUUUCAGAUUAUAAUCUAGGUAUCUUCACCAGGGAAAUGACUAUAGCAUCACAAGUACGUCAUCCUAACCUGGUCCAGUUUAUUGGUGCAACUAAAGUGGGUCAUCCUCUCAUCUUGACCGAGCUGAUGAGCACUAGUCUUAAUCAUGAGCUUCGCAAAAACCGAUUAACCAAUCAACAGAUUCUGAGUAUUGCUCAAGAUGUAGCUUUAGGCCUCAACUACCUUCACCUGUUUAAGCCUCAGCCUAUUAUUCACAGAGAUAUCAGCAGUCCUAAUGUAUUAUUAAAGCCUUGCACUGGACCUGCUGGUUAUGAAGCUAAAGUAGCAGAUUAUGGCACAGCUAAAGUAGUGCAAGCUGAAAGUACUGGUACUGUUAUGCCAGGUAAUCCAGCAUAUGCUGCACCAGAAGCUCCUAUUCCUGAUCGACACAGUCCAGCAAUGGAUGUCUACAGUUACUCUGUACUCCUUAUGGAGCUGAAUUUACUUUGCCCACCAGAAAUGACAACAGUAGAGAGAGCACAACAAUCUGCUAGAGUCUCCUGGUCUCAUAUGAAGUCUCUCAUACAAAGAGGACUUAACACUGAUCCUGCAGAUCGUCCUACUAUGGCUGAAGUAAUAAGGUCAUUAAAAAAGAUGAAUAUUUGAAAUUUUGAUAUUCUAUAAUUUCUGCAUACCUUUUAUAGUAAUUGUAGUUACUUUUAAACUUAAUCUUAACUGCCUUGAAUUAUAGUUUUUGCUGCUACAGUUUAUUAAUUAUUUUUAUUUUCUGUAUCUUUCUUAUUUUUUGUGUGUUUAGUCUGUUCAGACUUUACUGUUUUACUGUUUGUUUUUUUUACUGUUUGGACUUUAAGUUAGUAAAUUCUUUCACUUGUUAUAAUGUAUGGCCUUAUGUUACGUUAAUUGUCCUGUGUAAACCAGCCUUGAUGUAAAUUAACUAC